UAAUGUGGGAGUUCCUAGCUAGUAUAGACACUAGCUAGACAGAGAUCGUCCUCUUGGGGAUAGAGUACUACUAGUACUAUAUAAGAGGGGGGAGUUGAGUUGGAUCAUGUAAGCUAAUAGAUCGAGCUGGAUUAGCUAGAUCGACCGUAUAAGCUAAUAGAUCGAUCGAUCGAGAGAUGGCGAACUGCUUCGGCGAUGUUGUGGACAACUACAAGCUGGACGAGAUGGAGAGGUACGUGGGGAAGGCCAAGAGGCAGGAGGACCGUGCACGGGAGGCCAUGAACCUGGUGAACGAGGACGGCAAGGACAAGAAGGCGGCCAGCUACGUGCAGGGCGUCAAGGACUGGUACGGCAACGGCGAGUCGACGCUGUGCCUCGUCUACAACGCCACCGGCGCCACCCUCCGCCACGUCGCCGACCACGACUGGUGGGGCUUCAUCGGCCGCACCCCGUACCCCACCGAGAUCGGCAACGGCCAGUGGGCGGCGUUCCACCACGUCCACAAGUCCGGCGACUCCUCCGGAUCCGAGGCCGCCGUCGUGUACCGCGGCACCAACGCCGACGGCGUCGAGCGCGACCUGCUCGUCGCCUGGAGCACGCCAUGGAGCUCUUUCUACCGGAACAAGGCCUACUGCGCUGUUGGAGGUGUGGACAGCUUCCAAGGUGACUGGGAGCAAUUGUACGACAAGGUGAAUAACGCAGCUUACACAUGCAAUGCCGACUCGGAUGGGUUCAAGAUAGAUGCCAGUACUGCUACCGGUGACAGCCCCGUCUUCACGGCGACCAUCAAAAUCCAUUUCAGUCAAUGAAAAGAAAAACAAGAUCGACCACAUACUUGCAUGGCAUUCGCUCAUGUUGCACGGGGCAGGCCCGCUACAUUCUAUUGCUGUAUCAGCCAGUCAAUGAAUGUAAUGUUCUUCUCUUUCGCGAAAUAAUGUAGCUGUUACUAUCGAUCGUGUGAAUCGAUCAUGUACACCAGCUCUCGUUUUAUUACAUAUUAUAAUAAAUGCGUUCAGCCAUGUAAUUUGCAGCAUUAAAGCAAAAAUAUCAGUAUUUACAUCCUUA